AUGAUUAUUGAUCAUCAAGACCCUGAACUUGAUGUUCCUCAACAGGCUAUGGAGAGUUCGAGAGGAACCACAUUGAGGAAUAAUCCAACAACAGGAACUUAUGGGCAGGAGCCUAUGGACCGGUAUUUCAUUGAUCUAAUGUUGGAACAGGUGCGUAAAGGCAACACCACUGAUGGGCUCUUCCGAAAUCAGGCAUGGAUUGAGAUGAGUGCGUCAUUCGAAUCCAUGUUUGGGAUUAACUACGGCAUUGUUGUUCUUAAACAUCGGUACAGGACUUUGAGAAGACAGUUUACUAAUUUUAUCAAGAAUCUACUUAAUUUUGAUGGUUUUGUUUGGGAUGAGACGCAACAAAUCUUUACUGCUGAUAACAAAGUCUGGCAAGAUUAUAUCAAGGCUCAUGGAGAGAUUCCACCGUUCAUGACCAAGCCUAUACCUUAUUAUAGAGAUUUGUGUGUGUUAUGGGGUCCAAGAUGUGAUGAAAGAGAGAGCUCCUCUGGUGAAGAUCAAGACACCAGGUCUCCAGCUACACCAGUUUCAAACAGUGAACAUGUCAUCGGCGAUGUUAAGAACAAGUGUCAACUAGAGAUGGAAAAAUCUUUACUUUCGAGUGAUAAAGAAACUACUGAAGAAGUUACACAACGGCCAAGUGAUCAAGAUUAUGGAAUAUUCAUGGCUAGUUCUGGAGGAACCACAUUGAGUGAUCGAACAAGAACUCAUUGGCAGGAGCCUAUGGACCGGUAUUUCAUUGAUCUCUUGUUAGAACAGGUGAGAAAAGGCAACAUUGUUGAUGGCAUAUUCCAGAAACAGGCAUGGAUUGAGAUGAGUGCGUUGUUCGAUUCCAUGCUUGGGAUGAACUAUGGCAUGGUUGUUCUUAAAAAUCGGUACAGAACUUUGAGAACACAGUUUAAUUUUAUCAAGAAUUUACUUCUUUAUGUGAGCGGUUUUGUUUGGGAUCGGACGCAACAUAUGGUGGUUGCUAUUGACGAAGUCUGGGAAAAAUAUAUAAAGGUCCAUGGGGAGGUUCCACCGUUCAUGGACAGGCCUAUGCCUUACUUUAAAGAUUUGUGUGAUAUAUUUGAUCCAAAUUUUUAUGAAAGAGAGAUUUGUUUCGGUGAAGAUCAGGACACCAGGUCUCCAACUACAACAUUUUCAUACGGUGUUAUGUCUGAGGAGAACAAUCAAAGACAUGAUCAGUUUCAAUCGGAAAAAUCUCAGGAAAAAGACAAAGGAAUAAUGGCUACUAGGGCAGUUUCUUUUGUGUCAGAUAAUAAGAAAGUGAAGAAGAAGUCCAUUCCAAUAGAGAAGGUGAUAGAAGCAGUGCAAGCUUUGCCAGAAGAUGAGUACAAGAUCAAAACUUUAAGUGAUUGUUGA